CCAUCUUACGUAACUCUACGGGCAUUUAAUUAAACAACCUCCUUUGUCGACGAUAUACACAUCGUUUUCCGCUACGUAAGCCGCUUUACUCUCGCUCGUCCAAACAUCCGAAAAUUCCCUCGGCCGGCUUUCGACGCCUAUUUUUUUUCUGCGGAAGUUACAAUUACGGCAGGGGGCGUUUCGUCGAACACGUGCUGCGACAAUGGCUGGCGGCGUCGAAUUAGGCGAAGUGGUGAUCGAAGGAAAGACCAAGAUCGUCUACAGGAUCAAGGACGAUGCCGAUCGGGUGGUCCUGGUGUCCAAGGACCGGAUCACCGCCGGGGACGGAACCAGGGCCCACGACCUGGAGGGAAAAGCCAAGAUUUCCACCGCCACCAACUGCAAGAUUUUCGAAUUUCUGAACGCAGUGGGUGUGAAAACACAUUUUGUCAGAAGAUUAAAUGAUACUUCUUUUGUUGCCCGGUACUGUGAGAUGGUACCCAUAGAAUGGGUUACCAGGAGAAUAGCAACUGGCUCUUUCCUGAAAAGAAAUGUUGGGGUGCCGGAAGGUUAUCGCUUUUGUCCGCCAAAAUUGGAAACGUUUUUUAAGGAUGACGCAAACCAUGAUCCACAGUGGUCCACAGAACAGCUGAUUUCGGCCGGACUCCGGGUAGGUGGCGUGGUCUUGGGUCCAGACGAGGUGGAUAUCAUGCUGAAGACCACGGCCACGGUCUUUGAGGUGCUGGAAAAGGCCUGGUCCAGUCUGAAUUGUAGUCUCGUCGACAUGAAGGUCGAAUACGGAGUGAUUCCCUCGACUGGCGAAAUUGUUCUCGCGGAUGUCAUCGACAGUGAUUCUUGGCGUCUCUGGCCAUCUGGCGACAAAAGGUUGAUGGUCGACAAACAGGUAUAUAGAAAUCUCCAAGAAGUGACGCCCAAAGAUUUAGAUCAAGUGAAAAAGAAUUUUACAUGGGUGGCCGAACAAUUAGAUAAAUUAACACCUAAACCAACAUCACAAGUGGUCAUUUUAAUGGGAUCACCCUCGGACGCAGAACAUUGCGAGAAAAUUGGCAAGCACUGCCAAAAACUAGGCAUUCCGUACGAACUGAGAGUUACCUCUGCUCACAAGGGAACUGACGAGACACUGAAUAUACUUUCUCAGUACGAAGGAGAAGGGAUUCCCACAGUGUUUGUAGCAGUUGCCGGCAGGAGUAAUGGGUUGGGACCAGUGACUUCGGGAAAUGCGACUUUUCCAGUCAUUAACUGUCCGCCCCUCACCGCCGACUGGGGAAGAGAGGAUGUCUGGUCUUCCCUCCGUUUGCCUUCAGGUCUGGGUUGUCCAACCAUCCUGAAUCCUGACGGUGCAGCCCUCUGUGCAGCCCAGAUACUCGGGCUCAGAGAUCAUGUGAUCUGGUCAAGACUGAGAGCCCAGAAGUUGAACACCUGGAUCGGAUUGAAACAGGCAGAUCAGAAGAUGAAGAUGGGGCAAAAGUAAGAAAAUUGAACUGCAUUCCAUUGCAAAACAUGGAUUUCUGGGGACCAAAGUAAUUUAGGAGUAAUUUUUGUAAUGACAUUUUAUACGAGAAUAUGUAAUAUUUUUUGAAAUUAAAUAAAUGCACAAAUUUCAAGAGAAUGAAAUAAUUUAAUAACCUGAGAUGAAACAUAUAAAUGUAACUUUAUAUAUAAUCUUGCAAAAUAAAAGUGGUAUAACAGA